GACAUACCUGUUAGCAUAUGAGUCUCCUAUUAAGCCUAUGCCUGGACCUAAACAUUGGGAAAAGGUGAACAUGAGACAACCACUCCCACCUGCAUUCAAGGUUCAACCCGGAAGACCCAAAGGAAAGAAGAGAAAGCUUGAAAAGGGAGAAGGAAAAUCUCAAGUUGCUGAUGAGGCUAAGAAACCAAAGAGGAAGAACCAAUGCAAGAAUUGUGGUGGUUUUGGGCAUUAUGCCAAGACUUGUAAAAUCCCGUCUACAACGGAAUCAAGAACGACAAUGACAAAUGUCGGUAGACCACCACUGCAAACUCCAUGGGUCAAAGAACAAAGGAAGAAAAAUGAAGAAAGGAUUGCAAGGAAGGCUUCUUCUCAAGGGGCGGGGCCAAACAGCAUCGCUAACAAGACUUUCCCCCAAGAAGUAGCUAGGCAAGCAUCAACAAGCACAGCACCUCCCCCAAGAAACCGAACUACUUCUAAGCUUUCAUUAGUUAGGAGCACUCAAUGAUUAGAGCUAGGUUUCUCGGGUUUUAGUUGCGUAUUAAUAUGUAUUUUAUUGGGAAAACUUAAGAGAAAAACUUAGUUAUGGUAGUUAAUGUAUGUGCCUAUUUAUGGCUAAAGACAAGAAGAUUUAUUUAUGUUAA